AUGAAUACUAUGAGCAGCAGACCUAGAGACGAGGAAACACGCGUUGCUCAUUUGGUUAAAGGUCUCUCGUUAGAUGAAGAUGGAUGGGAAGGGCUUGAUAAUCAAUCAAUGGAUAUGGAUAUGGAAUUUACCAAACAUGACUCUAAGGACGAUAAUGUAGAUAAUUGGGAACCUGAUCGUUAUGAGGUAGACCAAAUUAUUGCUCAUAAAGUUAUGAACAAUCUCGAUGAUUGCCGUGAAAAACUUGAAGAAUUCCAUAAACUUUCCAAUGAGAUGAAUAUAAACGAUCAUUGUCAUUCACAAUAUGAAUUUGAUCCCGAAGAACGUACUAUGUUUUUAAAUGCUCUCUAUGAUUCUGGUCGUAUUAACUUUGAUCUUUAUGACAAGAUCGUUCUUGGAAGAAUAAAAGAUUAUGAUUAUAAUGAUAAUGCUUCUGAUCCUAGAAUUGAAAAUGUUCCUAUUGCUGAAAUCGGUGAAAGAGGUAAAAAAGAAGAAGAAGAAUCAAAACGUCAUGAAGAAUGUGACUUGUUUUAG